GAGGGAAGUUUCUUUCGGAUUAACCUAUACCGAGUGAAUUUCGCGCGGCGUCAUGGGCACCUUGAUGUGGAACGCUCUGGUGGCUGCAGUGGUGGCACUGGUGACCUGCGUCGCCUGGUGGAUCCGUGACAGACGUCGAAAACACAGCUUCUUCAAAAAUCACGGCAUCCUCGGACCAGAACCGGGCCUUCUCUGGGGAAAUAGGAAGGAGCUUAAGAAAGACGCCAUUAACGUGAUGGAGAAUUGGAUAGAACAGUAUGGGAAAGUGUUCGGCUUCUACCAGUCAGAAGUGCCCUUCAUCGCUCUUAGUGAUGUGGAAAUAAUUAAGCAGUGCUUCAUCAAGGAGUCCAACGUGUUCCACGACCGACCGUCAAUUCCACUGAAGGUGGAGCCAUUUGCGAGCAGUCUGCCCUUCCUCAACGCUGACACCUGGAAGAAAGUGCGCACUGUGCUAAACCCCACCUUCAGCGCAGUGAAAAUGAAGCAGAUGAUGCAGAUUAUGAACGCUUGCACGGAUGAGUUCGUAGACGUGCUUGAUGACUACGCCAAAAAAGGAAAAGUGGUGGACAUGUUCAAGGUAGCCCAAGGCCUGUCACUGGAUGUGAUUACAAAGUGCGCUCUGGCCUGGCAGGUGGACUCCCAAAGAAAUCCCCAUGAGCCCUUACUCCGUGAGGUUCGGAACAUAUUCCUCAGUUCAGAUAAUUUUGUGACAAGGGCAGCGUUCUGGUUCCCAUCUCUGAACAAGCUGAUCGAAUGGUUGCAUCCGUUCACCAAAUUGGCAAGAACUCUAGACAAUAUCACUCAGAACCUCAACAAAGUAGUCCAUCUACGACGGAGUGGAAUAUCGCCAGAUGUGCCGGAUAUGCUUCAACUGAUGCUAGAUGCUCAAACCGAAAAAGGCAGCAGUGCUGACGACCAUGACGAGUAUGAGCCGUUGAUCGAAGAUCGUCUGCUCAUUGCAAACUGCUUCAUAUUUCUGCUAGGUGGCUUCGACACAACCGCCGUUGCACUGGCGUAUAUAAUGCACAUCCUGGCCAAGUACCCCGAAGAACAAGACAACAUUCUCCGCGAGAUAACGGAAGCGUUCCCUGACAAAAAAGAACUGGGCUACGACGAAAUCCACAGGCUCAAGCGCCUGGAAAUGGUGAUCAGCGAGAGCUUGCGCUUGUACCCUGUGAUUGUGACCUUCGUAUCUCGGAACUGCCAGCAAGACAUCACGGUGAUGGGUCAGUUCAUCCCGGCCGGUGCCAACGUGACUCUUCCGGUGUGGCACCUUCACCACAGCGCCGAACAUUGGCCGGACCCCCUUAAAUUCGACCCUGAGAGAUUCAACGAGGACAAAGGGAAGCCCCAUGUGGGGGCCUACCUUCCCUUCGGACUCGGUCCUCGCGCGUGCAUCGGCAAGCGCUUUGCGAUGCUCGAGCUGAAAGCAACUGUCUGCAAGGUCCUGCGUAGCUUCAGAGUGGUACAGUGUGAGGAGACGCAGGACCCAUUAAAAGUGGUCGUUCCGAACGCUACUGCGUACCCGAAAGAUGGGGUUAAGUUGAAGUUAGAACUGCGAAACCCGUGAAUAUUUGAUUGCAGAAUUGUCGCCUUUAAAGGGGCCCUGCAAUCAUAUUUAAGCGUCUACCUUUUUCGCUUUUUCCACGUCUCUUGGGGUCCGGGCA